CGAGCCCCAGUGCGCAGGGGAGGGCCGGAGAGUUCGGAGCCUCCGCGGCUCUUCGCCUCCGCCGCCCAACCCUUCCCUCCUCGCCUCCUCGCCUUCUCUCUCUGCCCUUCAACUUCACCCCGCCGCGCCCUCCCCCAUCCCGAGUUAGCCAAAGGAAGGAGGUCAGGGAGAAUCCUCUCUCCCUUUCCCCCCUGUCCAAAAAACAAACCCCAACUUUUUCCAGUGCGGAGAAAGCGAGGGGAGCGCGUGGGCAGCGGCUGGCCAUGGAGCUGCUGUGCUGCGAGGUGGACCCGGUCCGCAGGGCCGUGCGAGACGCCACCCUGCUGCAGGACGACCGCGUCCUGCAGAACCUGCUCACCGUCGAGGAGCGCUACCUGCCCCAGUGCUCCUACUUCAAGUGCGUGCAGAAGGACAUCCAGCCCUACAUGCGCAGGAUGGUGGCCACCUGGAUGCUGGAGGUCUGUGAAGAGCAGAAGUGCGAGGAAGAGGUCUUCUCUUUGGCCAUGAAUUACCUGGAUCGCUUCCUGGCGGGGGUCCCGACCCCCAAGACUCACCUGCAGCUGCUGGGGGCCGUCUGCAUGUUUCUGGCCUCCAAGCUCAAGGAGACCAUCCCACUGACGGCGGAAAAGUUGUGCAUUUACACCGACAACUCCAUCAAGCCACAGGAGCUGCUGGAGUGGGAGCUGGUGGUGUUGGGCAAAUUGAAGUGGAACCUGGCGGCCGUCACCCCCCACGACUUCAUCGAGCACAUCCUGCGCAAGCUGCCGCAGCCCAACGACAAGCUGCCGCUGAUCCGCAAGCACGCGCAGACCUUCAUCGCCCUGUGUGCUACCGACUUCAAGUUCGCCAUGUACCCGCCGUCCAUGAUCGCCACGGGCAGCGUGGGGGCCGCCAUCUGCGGGCUCCAGCAGGACGAGGACGUGAGCUCCCUCACUGGCGACGCCCUGGUUGAUCUGCUGGCCAAGGUCACCAACACCGACGUGGAUUGCCUCAAGGCCUGCCAGGAGCAGAUUGAGGUGGUGCUGCUGAACAGCCUGCAGCAGUACCGCGAGGACCAAGGCGAGGGGGCCAAGGGGGAGGAGGAAGUGGAUCUAGCCAGCACCCCCACGGACGUCCGGGAGAUCGACCUGUGAGCAGCCCCCACCGUCAGGCCGGCGGCGGCGGGAGAGACGCCUUCUUCCAUCCGGGCUCUCUCCUCCUCUCUGGUUCUGUUUUUGUUCUUUCGUGUUGGUUUUGUUUUUUUUUUUAGGAUGCAACUUAAAAAAAAAAAAAGAAAAAAAAUGUCUGCCACCCCCACCCCCUCCCCCACGUAGGUCCUAUCGAAAGAUCUUUUAGAAGUGAGAGAAAAGGGUCCUAUAUAAAAAAAAAUGGAAUCAUUCGAAGCAUUUGGUGAUUUGGUGCCUAUUUGAAGUACCACAAGAAAGGGAAUCCCUUGUUUCUGCGAGCAGUCAGUAGUCAAGUGCUUACAGGAAAACCUGCAGAGUAGCUAGUGAAAAGUGUAUGCUUGCAAUACGGGACAAGUUAGAGGAAGCUUUCUUUGAUUUUUUGUUUGUUUGUUUGUGUUUGAUUUCCUAUUAUGUACUAGCCCAUCCAUCCCUUUUAGGAUAAAUGUCAAGGAACAGCAUGUGUCAAGGAUGGCACGGUGAGAUUGCAAAGCAUUGAACUCCAGAAGGAACCAGAAAGCAUGAGCAGGAGAGGUGGGGGGGAGGGGCCGGGAAUCAGUCUGUCAAAUGCCCCUGGACCAGUUUGGACGGAGACACACCCACUUUCGAUCCCCGCCAUUCCAGGGGAGCAAGGCGGGCUCUGACACGGAAACAUUGGCGCAUCUCAAAAUUCCACACCCUUUGCUGUUUACAUUAGCUGCUACCUACAAACAAAACAAAACAAAAAAAAAUGAUGUUGGAUUUCGACGGUUGGACCCAGGUGCUAAGAUCUUGGGUUUCCUGCAUUGAGUUAUCAAUGGCUGCUUCUUCCAAACUGGGUUCUACGCAAACACUGCCACCCCCCCCACCCCCCCACUGUUUGUACCCGAAGGGGCCGUCUAGUCAUUGGGCCAUAACCAAAACACGUGUGUUCAGGUGGGAUCUGGCAUGGAAACUUUUCUCUUUGUAUGUUAAAGAGAGUAAUGUGACCUUGGCAUCCUUUAUUAGGGAAAGAAAAAAAAAACUUUUUUUUUUUUUUUUGGUGCUGAUUGGCGUGUCUGGUCAACAGUGUAGCAUUGUUAUAAACCAUUCCAUUCGAAAAAGCACUUUCAAACAUUGUUUCCCCGAGGGAUUAGAUGGGAUGGUUUAUGCGUAUCAUGCUGAAAAGGAGACUCCGGACCCUUCUCCGGUGUCUUUCCCCCCCCCUUCCUGUCUCCACGCUGGGUUCCAUUUCCCCUCUGGUCUCUGACAGGUUCUGGUACCGAGUUCUGGGGGAGCCCUUAGCAGGACUUAGAGACACCCCUUUCCGCCAAUAUUCCCAUCACAACAUUCCUCAGCAAAGCCUACAUAAAAAAGCUCUGUUAGCAUUUGGAUGGCUAGGGACGGUCUCUAAUUCUACCUUGCUAGCUCUCCUUUGGACUCGGAAAGGAAAGUGGCUUCCGUCAGCCUGGAAUAUUGCUCUCUUUUCCGGUUUUUUGGUUUGUUUUUUUUUUUUUUUUGGUUUAUUUGUUUUUAUUUUUCUUUGGUUCAUUUCAUAGCAAGGUUGUGUUCAGUGUACUUGAAUUCUCACCCCCACCUCCCAGCCCCUCCACUUCUUUAGAGGCAAAGAGGUUGGAGCAACAAUUUUUUUUUUUUUGCACAGUUACAAUUGACAGGUAAUGAAGCUAGAUGUUAAAAUAUCUGCCUUCUCUAUGAGAAAAAAAAACAGCAAAAACCAGAACAGGGCUUCUUAAAAACUUUAUUUUAUACACCAAUUCUGCCUGGUUUUGUAGUCUGAGGGUUGAAAGAUGGAGAAAAAAAUCUUAAGGGUCUCUAUUUUGUUUUUCAUUUUAUUGUGUUCAGUUUUUUUUUUUUUGCGCUGCUAAGAAGCUACAUUCAUCCUUCUUCCCAUUAACAGUACCUAGCUGUAAUGUUUUUUACAGUGUGCUGCUAUUUUAUAAACAUUUUUAUAAUAUAUUAUUUUACUGCUUAACGUCCUGAAGUAGUAGUUGGUUGAGAUUUGAGUUUUUCAUACUGGAAAACCUUUCCAUAGUCUUGUUUUCUUGGUAGCCUAUCCACGGUUGGGUUUUUGUUUUUUUUUUUGGCUUUUAUUUUUUUUUUUUUUCGGUUGUUGUUGGGUUCAGUUUAUUUUAUUUUUCCUCUCUGGUCACAUUCUUCAAAGACAGAGUAUUCUUUUACCUCAGGUUUACUGGAUUAAAAAAAAAAUCAAUAGCUACAAAAGAAAAUGAUUCACAUUUUUGUUUUCAUAAUACCUCACAGUUUGUUAGUUACAGUUUCUGCUUGGGAGCCCAGCGUGCUAGACUCGGGGUGGAGGGGGUGAGCGGGGUGGAGGGGGUGAGCAGUGAAGACCCCCCCACCCCCCCACCAUCCUGCUGAGAGUGGACAGUUGCCUGGAUUUGGGCACCCCCUGGGUCUCAGCCCAGGGGUCUUUCCGGCCACCAAGGUCAGAAGGUCAGCAGGCUUCCGUCUGGACUCUGGUCCCCCUUUUGAUGGCAAAGUGACAAUGGAACAGGGGUUCUUGCUCCCCAUGCGGCAGGCCCGGGCAGACCCGGUGCCCAGGCGUGGCUGCACUUCGGUAUGCCAGGGGGGCGGGGAGAGACGGAAAAGAGAUACCAGCAGGGUCCUGGGAGACCCUCUCCCUCCAGCCCUUUCCACAGCAGGGGGCUUCCUCGACCCGCAAGGGCCUUCCGUCCUGCACCUCCCCCCCCCCAACACACACAUCUUUUUUCUCCUUUCCCGGACCUGGCCAGGCCCAGGUUUCGGAUGCUCUCAGAGAUCUUUCUCGGUCUGGGGGUGCGGGCAGCUAAGCCCGCAGCCCACCCGGGGAGUGCGGGCAGUGUGGGGUUCUUCUCCCACCCCACCCCCGUCCCUGGGCUGCAGCGGGCAGGCGCCCCGACAGCCUGGCCCUUGGCAGAGCGGCUCCGAAACGGUCUUGGGGUUUGGAUGGCAUUGAGUGGGCACGAUUGGAAGAAUAGGUGGGAUGAGGGCUGGAGGAGAGAUGGGGAGAGGCCGGUUCUCGCCAGAGAUGGAAGAGAGUCUGUCUCUCUUGAGGGUUUGUUGGUUUGUUUGUUUUCCUUUUUUUUUUUUCUCGGUAGAAGGCUUUUGGAUCUGGCGAGUUAGCGUGACCCUAAAAUUCUAGGGAGUUUCCGGUGGAGCAGGAAGUGAUGCUGAGAUAGAUGUGCAGGAGCCGUUUCGGAGAGGAGAGCCGAGAGGCGAGCCAGGCUCAAAGUCAGUUCCCAGGGACCCCACCGGACAGCCGAGGACAGACCUGUCCGGGAAGGGCUGCAGUCCCCCCCCAGCCCCCGCUGUCAUCUGGAAUUUGAUGCUUUCCCUGGAGCGCCAGGGAGCACGGCAGCCCCUCCUUCUAGGGGGUGGGUUUGCUGGCAAGGAAGAGGCCCCUGCCCUCUUAACACCGGCGGGGCAGGCAGCACCCUGGAUGUGUUUUAUCGGGGUGAGAUAAACCUGACCUUGGACCUUGGUUUCCUUGGUAGGAGUUUUUGUGCCAGGGAGUGAGUUCCAAUUCUCCCCUGGGAUUUUUAUUUUUAUUUUUUAUCCUUUCCUUUUUUUUAUUUUUAUUUUUAUUUUAAUUUUCCUGUUUUUCUCUUUCUCACAUCUCCCGCGUUUUAAAAAGGGGUUCUAAACCAAUUCUGAUCUUGUAACCUCGGUGACGUCUUUUCUCUCCUUCCAUGAUCUCUGAGGUGGGGGUGUUUUGCUCAAUCAGCAGGGGUUGGGGCGGGGGGGCGGGUACCCAAGUUGUUCCCCUCAGUUGCCAAAUUUUUGUUCCUUCCUCCUAGUCUUGGCCAAAUUGUAAGGGGGCAGGGGUGGGGGAUGUGGGAAUUCCUAGUAUGCCAAAAAUCUGUGCUCAGCAGGUCCGAAUGCAAUGCGGAUUCUGAACAGCCCCAAAGGUGGUGUCUCGGGCAUAAAGUAGCUCCCCCUCCCCCCCAACUCCACCACUGUCCACCGUUCCAGGGGUCUCCUGAUUCUAGGAUUGCUCCACGACCCCUGCAGCAGCACGCCCCUCCCUGGGUCUUCCUGUCACGCCCUGCUCCCCAUGGUCUCUGAACUCAACUCCUCCCUGGAUUCAUUGAGGGGAGGCUUCUAGGGGCUAAUUGACCCCCCCCCCCCACUCAGGAGCCCUGGUCUUGGCCUGGCCCACCCCUUCAAGGCAGGAUCAGAUGGUUUUCUGCCAGAGGCCUGGGGAAGAAAGAGACUUAGACCUUAAUCUCCUGUAAAUAAGAGCCGGGGUGGGGGGGAGUUCCGGGAGAUAGGGUUGCCAGUCCGUGGGACUUGGGACCCCAAAGGGUCCCUCCGUGUUUAUCCUUGAGGCCAUCUGACCCUGAGAGUAGCUUUCAAAGGGAAAUGAAUGCUGAUCCGUGCCCCAAAGUCACCCAGCGCUGGUCGCUUCCUCCGUGGGGGCCGGGAGCAGUUUCCCUGGGGUUGGAGUCUGACGUCCCUGUGGACCCCCGGGGUGUGUGGGGGGAAGGAGGCAGGAAUCAGGCAGAGGAGGGCACGGUCCACGAGCUUCUCCAGUCCUCAUGGUUCUGUGGGAUUCGGGAUUCUCCACAAGCCCGUGGGGUGGGGGUGGGGGGUGGGGUGGGGGGGGUGAGGGGUCCUUUUCUGUCCGAACCACGAUGCCACGUUUAUAUGUCUGCUUUAUAGACCCGCUGGGUUCCCACACCUGAUGCUUGGCACGAGACAAGCUCAAGGGUCUAGACGCAUGCAUCACCGCAUCUUGUAGGGUGUUCACUGCAGCCUACUUUGGGGGAAAAAGUGCCUUACUGACUGUACCCUUUAUGGUGUCCAAAAUAUUUUGACAGAUGUCUGUCCUUUUAAAGAAAAAAAAAAGUUUUUUUGGGUUUUGUUGUUAUUUUGUUUUCUGGUGGAUUUUUUUUUUUUUUUAAUGAUAAUGGGGUUUUAUUCUUACCUGCGUGGGAACUCUGAUUCCCCUGCACGUCUCCGGGCCAUUGGAUUUUUUUUUCCCAUUAGUUCAUGUACCGUGUACCUCAGAUCUCUCUUUCUCAUUUACAGUUCCUCAUCUUGAACUUCUUUUUUUUAUCAUGAUUAUUAUUUUUUUUCUUGCUUUAAAAAAAAAGUGUGAUGCCAUAUAGAGUCAAUGUUAUUCUCUCACAAUGUAACUCUAUAAGAGGUGUGGGUGUUUAUUCGGUCGGGAAUGCUAGCAAAAAUGCUAAAGUAGCAUGAUCAGUCUAAACAAGGUUUUUAGGAAGAAAGGAAAAAAUAAUGUUUUAUUGAUGAUGGAUGGUGACAUGGUAGUCAGCUGCCAUUGAAGAGAUCCUAUCUGUUCAGUGUUAAAGUGAUUUUUAAAAAAAAUAACCUGUUAUUCUGACUAGCUUAAAAACAAAAAAAACAACAAUAAAUAUGAUGGAUUUGAAAAUGGUUUGGGAUGCAAUUAGGUUAUGCUAUUUGGACAAUAAACUCACCUUGACCUAA